AGCGGCAGGGGGAGGAGCAGGCGGCGCUAGCAGCAGCAGCAGCAACCACCGCUUCUCCGGCCGGAGCUGCCCCUGCGUAGGACAACGAGGGGAGCUCCGCAGGGCAGCUCGCGCCCGGCCGGCCUAGGGAGCGCGGGGAGGCUCCGUCCAGCGAGGGCCUGGGGCGCCCCCCGCCCCUGGCACUAGCGGGGAGGCGGCUCCUCUCUCCAGGACCGCGGCGCCCCGGGAGCUGAACGCCGUCCCAGGGGAUUGCGGUGCCCGAGGCGGGGUUCGGGGCGUCCCCUGGCGGGGCUAGAGCAGCGGGGCCGGGCGCCGCACCAUGCUGCCCCCGCUCUCCCUGCGCCCGUCCGCCUAAGGGCAGGGAGCCCGCGCCAGCUCCCCGCGCUGCCAUGCUGCCGGCGCUCCGCUAGGCGAGCCCGGCUCCCGCGGCGGCUCGGGACCUGACGGGCAGGGAUCGUUGCGCCGCCCUCCGAGCGCUCGGGCGGCGGCACCAUGAGGAACGGCGAGGACUUGGAAGGCUUCGAUGGCGAGGCGUCCAGCACCUCCAUGAUCUCCGGGGCCAGCAGCCCCUACCAGCCCACCACCGAGCCCGUCAGCCAGCGCCACGGGCUGGGCGGCCUCCGCUGCGACCUGGACUAUCUGCGGGGCGCCUUCGGCAAGAUCAAGAUCACCGAGGUGGUUUUGGCACUGAUUGCAUUCAUCUGCAUAGAGACCAUCAUGGAAUGCUCCCCUUGCCAAGGCCUUUAUUUCUUUGAGUUUGUGAGCUGUAGCGCAUUUGUAGUUACUGGAGCUUUAUUGCUUAUGUUCGGUCUAAAUCUUCACACAAGAAUACCACAGAUCAACUGGAAUCUUACAGAUCUUGUCAACACUGGACUCAGCACUUUCUUCUUUUUCAUUGCAUCUGUAGUACUUGCUGCUUUGAACCAUAAAACUGGAGCAGAAAUUGCUGCUGUGAUAUUUGGUUUCUUGGCGAUGAUAGUGUAUGCUGUGAAUAUGUAUUUAGCUGUUAAAAAAUGGCGAAUGAACAGCAGACAGCAGAACAGCCGGCAGACAAAUGAUUACAUUCGUGCUCGGACAGAAUCAAGAGAAGUAGAUCACCACCCUGAGAUUCAGCGUCUGGAUGUGUGAAAACUACAGCUGAGUGGGACUGCAAAGAGGGGAUAGAAACCAUCAACGUUUUAUUUUGUCUCAUCAAGUGAAGUUUAUAUAGUUUGAAGUUUUCAUUUUUUAGGAAGAGUCUUGGCAGAGAUAAGCUGACCAUUUAUAUGUACAGAGAGAGAGGUCAAUCUACAUUUAUUCAGCUAUUGGCUUGAAGGCUAUAAUUAUUGGUCAUUCAAAAACAUGAUCUAUAUACAAUGAUUACAUAUAUAUCUGAUGUAUGUUAAUAUUUUAGAUUAAACAUCUGUAUAGUACUUCUUUCCAGGUACCAGCUCUAGAGAGACAUGUGUACUCUGCCACUAUUUCAUCACCCAGUAGGAAUGUUAUGAUCAACACUAUAUUGUUCUGUUAAAAGAAAGAAAUCCUCCAAAACUUAAGUACAUUUUAUUGCAUAUGAAAAGAAAUUGAGGGACAAAUAGCAAUAACAUAAGCCAGCUUUAGCAUACACAAACACUUUAUACACUUCCUCAUGCAGCUUUGCCAAUGCAAUUCACUUCUCACCUGCAAGACCUCCCACAGUUCCAUCCUUGGUGCAUUUGGUAGCUGAGACAGGCAAUCACGUCAGAUAUUUGGGCUGGUGGAUUGGUGAUAUGGACAGACACACUAUGGACUAUACCAAAACCACCAAACUCAUUUCAUGUAUGACCUCAACCAGAUUUUGAAAUGGGGCUCCUACCUGUGAAAGACUAGCUCUUUCACCUGCUGCAGUCAACACAGCCCAACACUAGUAUGUAGGUAUCUACUCGUGUUUGAAUAUGUAUUACAUGAUUUUCAUUCACUAAAUACUUUUGGGGGGUUUGUCAAGUAAUAGACUCUACACCCCAAACAUGGUUCAAUUUUUGUUCCGAGGUUUUGUCAUCUGGGAAUUUUAAGGAAAUCGGGAGCCACCAAAAAUGCAUGAUGUAUAUAUUGUAGGGUAUUCCAAGACUACGGAGUUGUGUUUUGUGUAGGAUAAAUACAUUUUAUGGCAUAUUCUGGUUUUAGAUUGGUUGUUCUGUUAAAUUAAAAUUGGUUGGUAGUAGAUAAAAUAAUUUGGUUUAAUGCCUAAAUUGGGCAUAGCUAUAAAACAUUUUUAUAAUGUUCCUUUGAAGCUAAUUUUAGGUAAUGAGGACGUAUGGGUGGUUGAACCUAUUGUUUUUCUCUGUUAGCUUCUCAUGUUUACAGACCAUUUUCCUAGCUCAAAUUUUCUCACUUCCAUUGAACUUUCAGUGAAGAGAAGACUGUAUUCUCUGGUUAGAGAACUUGAAUUCUGCAAUAAUAUGUCUAGAACCUCAGUCAUAAUUUUAUUAGGGAAACUUCACCAAUAUCUUAUAUGCUCUGUGAUUCAUGUGUGUCCCAUGUAAUAAUGGGUUGGCAUAUGGACAUGUGUUUACAACAGCUUUCUCAUUUAUUGUAGAUGGGAACACAAUACCACGCCACCCCCUAGUGGAGUCAAGAUAUAAACCUGAUGUACAUGAGUAAAAUCUUCAUGGAAGUCAGUGAAGUUGUAUACACACACACCAGAUCUGAGUUCGUUCCACAGACUUUUAGCAUUGUAUUCAUGUGUAACUAUUCCCAAUAUGGGUUGAUGUUUACACCAAUACAUAGUUGGAAUCAUAAAUAUAAGACACUAUUAAGUCAAUUUUAAGUGAAAAAUGGAGAUUUUUUUUUUCCUAACAGAGUUUUACCAGUCCUAAUGUUAAUAGAAAUGUUUACAUGAAACUUUAUUUUUGGAAUUCCAAACGAAACAGGCAAGGCUCUAGAUUUGAACAUUCUGCACUGUUCAUUUCUCAGGCAAAGCAAGACUUGUGCUGAUGCAUGAAAACCAGAAAGUGAAACUGUUUCUCUUUUGUCAUUCUCCAACAUGUUUGCUCUUUGCAAUCAUUCCACAUAAACUAGAUUUUUCUAAAAUUCUGUUUUAAUAAUUAGAUUAGAGGAAAUUGAUGGGUUUUUUAAAAUCUGAUAGUGGUCUUUUUAUCAUAUUACCAUAUUUAAUGUUAGAUUUUACAUUUCACUGACAGUUGUAACUGAAGGGAGUGCUGAGUUUAGAGUCUAAUAGUUCAAGUUCUAAUGAUCCUCUAGAGUGGUUAAGAACAUAGCCAUUUUAUUAAUUAAUUCUGGUGAAGGCUAGCUUUAAUGGGGUGUCACAUGAAAACCAACCCAUAACUCAGUAUGGUUAGCAGUGCUGAAUGGUGGUGUGCACAGUGCCCAUUGGGUAAGCUGUUUUUCAGCAUGCUGUGCCAACUGUUGGAGGGAUGAUAUAAUUGGGGUAGUUUGUAGAUGCUGUGGUUUAAGAAAAAAAAAAGAAUAUCCAUAAACCUUAAAAACUAAACACAGUGAUCUUUAGGGUAGACUUGCAGCUUAGUUUAAAGGAAUAUACUGAAAUGUUAUCAAAACCCUCAAAAAAGGGAUUCGGAGGAUGCAUUAUCCAGCACCAUAUUAAUACUUCUGCUGAAGACAAGUAAUAGAGGAAUCCAGUGUAUGGUAUAACAACAGACUUUUCAACAUAGCAAAAGUGUAUCCUGUUAGCUGAUCAGUAAAAGGAAUGAAAUGAUAUAUUAUACAGUCCCCUUGUGCUUUUCUAGCUAAUUUCUGACCCGAAGUAAUGUUCUGGUUACUUGGAGAUCUAGAGAGUGAUCCAUUUACAAUUUUAUGUACUUUCUUGGUAUCUUUUAACAUUAUGUGCAUUUUACUGCAUGGGAAAGGAGGGAAAACUGCCUAGCACUUUGUCAGUUAGAUCACAGAAGGUUUCUGUUAAAGUACAUGCUUGGUCUGGCUAGUUAAUGUGAAUUACUUUUUUCCCCAGUAAUCUGAUGUAAUGGUCUCUAGUAUAGUAUAUUGUCCAAUCAAAUAGCAAAUGUAUGAUAUGGUUACGCAUGAGAUACAAUGGCUUUGAUGUGCUGAGUACAAAAUAUCAUUAUUUAUUAUUUACACCAUGAUUACAUGGUCAGCACAAUUAUGGAAGAAGAUAUAAAGUUUUUGAGAUGAGCUAGGACAGAAUAAAAAUUUUAAAAACCUGCUUUCUGAACACAAAUUUUAAAUAACUGUAAACAAACUGAAAAAUAGAUGUAACUUCCUUAUUACUUUUGGGACCAAAGAUGAUUUUAGUGUUGUAUAGAUAGUUUUAAAAAAAAGUGUAAGUUAGAGAUUUGUUAGUCUAGGAAAACGUUAUUUAUGAAUGUCAUGUAAUUUGAAGGGGAUGGAUUCAUUUGACUUAUGAUAGAAAAUUAAAAUUCAUAUAUUGAUAUCCUACAGUAUGUACACAGUGAUUUUGGUUUUUCCAGACUGGAUUUUGUACUGUGGCAUAAUGAAAUAUCAGCAUCUUGCCAACACAUUUAAAAAAACUAAUAACCAAAAUGCAAAUACUGAUAUUGGCCUCUAUGUGAAAAAUGGGGCAGAAAGUUUAACUUUUGUGAAACUUGCACAGGAAACUCAUGUUAAAGUGCUUCCCCCUAUCAGAUUAUGGUUUUGCUUUACUACUGGUUAGUCUCACUUUGAACCGUUUGUUAAACAUAAAGGGACCACUUCCCUUCGUUCACAAGAGAGCUACUUUGCUCCACAAAGGGAUCCACAACAUUGUAAAUAGAGCUCAAAUUAAAACCAGACCAUUAAACCAUUUCCCAACGAUGUGGAAAUGUGGUGCUUGAAAUUGUCUUAGGCAUCUGGGCAUUCUUUCCGAGGCAAAUCCUGUCCUCAGAUAUGCUAUUCCAAUGUAUUUCAGUGUGUAUGUGUAGCUGAGGGGAAAAUUUGCCACAUCUGUGCACAUCCCAUAAGUAGUGCCCUACCAAAUUCACGGUCCAUUCUGGUAAAUUUCAUGGCUGGGGGCGGGUUUAAAAUAGGUCAGCUUCACCUUUUCAGAUGUUUACGUCUGAGAUUUCACAGUGUUGAAACCGUUAAGGUCCCUGACCCAAAAUGAGAUUUGGGGGGUUGCAAAGCUGUUGUGGAGGGGUCGUAGGAUUCCCACCCUUACUUCUGCGCUGCCUUCAGAGCUGGGCUCUGUGGAGCUUCCUUCAGCUGGGGGAGGCACCCAGAGGUGGGUCUGAUCGCUCCCUCUUCCCUCUCCAAAGCUGCUAUGCAGGGGAAGAGGAUGUCUUGUCCCUCCCCAGACCAGCUGGGAUUAGCAGCUAGGAGCCCCUGGCCAGGGCGGUCCCAGCAGCACAGGGGAGAUCAGACCCACCUCCAUCUCCAGGAACCUCCUUAGGCUGCAGGAAGCUUGGUGGCUGCUGUUUGGGCUCUGAGGGCAGCAUGGCAAUGGAUCUUUCUGGAGCCGGGAGAGGUACCUAGAGGUGGGUCUGAUCUCCUCCCAAGAUCAGCUGUGCAGGGGAAGAGGAAGUCCUGUCCGUCAUCACCCGGACUAUCAGCAGGAGCCCAGUGCAUGGUAGGAACCCCCCGCCGAGGCUCCCCCAGCCCUGCUCUUCUUCCCUCCCCUCCAAUAGCUACAUUUCACUGGAAAGGUCUGAUUUCACGGUCUGUGACAUGUUUUUCACAGCUGUAAAUUUGGUAGGGUUCGACCCAUAAGAGAAAAUGAAUGAAAUAGACAACUAAUGGUAGCAGCAGCUACACGUGCGGACUUCUGGUUUGGUUUGUUUGUUUGUUUUAAAUAGUUCCUUACACGGCUUUCUCUUCAAUACCAUAUUCAAUUUUGUCAGCCUGGCCACUUGCUCAUCUUGUCACAUUCUCUGUAACUAUAGCAACAUGGAAACCACUCUCUACCAUAGAAAUAAUGUUGCAAGAAAGCUAGUAGGAACAGAAUAUUUGGUAAUUUACUUGCCUAGUAGCGAAGGUGGUUCUUCUUGCCUCCUCUCCCCCCCUCAUGGAAAUCACCUAAUAAUUAUCUUGUUUCACUAGGGAAGUUUUUGUUUUCCCUCCCCACCAAACUAAAUGGGGUUUGGCUCUGCCUUUAGGAAGAUGAGGGCAGAUUGUCCAGCACUUUCUCUUUAUUUAGUUAAGUGCUUCCCUUUGAGAUUAAUUUGGUGUUUUUUGCUCCCUCCAGAAAUUUGGAAGCUGUGUGGUGUACCCAAGUCCCUGCCUAGUUGUGUUUCUCCUGUAAAUCAUGUCUUCUGUCAGAAGCACUGGCACAGAGGUGAAAAGAAUUGAAGAUCCUUUCUCUUUUCCAGAGAGAGAGACAACUAGCUGUGAGAUUUCAUGCCAAUGCUUCAGAGGACCCCAAGCUCUCUAGCACUUGAUGGUUCUGAAACAGUGACCCUGGUCCCACAAUGUCUGUGCUAUCCAUCCAGUCCUUGUAGCCUUUUGAAUACAAGUUAUAGCUUGGUUGGCUGUGGUAGCAAAGUUUAUUACUCUCUUGUUUCUUGGUGGUAGAUUGUCUGUUAGGCAAAGACGUGAAUGACAUCAGAAAGGAGCUUUAAAGAGCCUUAGUGUUCCAUCAGGAUUGGCAGAUAAAGCUCUGUUUGAAAUUAACUUUCCAUUAACAAGGGAACUACUCUUCCUUUUAGGUUUUGUAUCACAUAGCUUAGUUCCGUAGCCCAUCACUUAAAAUGGUCUGGACCAUUUUUAUUCUCUCUGCUUGUACCUGAUAGUUAAUUUUGGUGGGAAGUGGGGAGAGAUGGACAGCUGGCUAUCUUCAGUCUCUUCUAAAUCAGUUUCA